CGCCGCCCCAGUCGAGCGGCGUCAGCUGAGUCGAGCGGACCGGGCGCGUGGCGAGCCGUACACAUCGGACGAACCGACUGCCGGCCGGCGCGAUGGUCUGCUCGGCCAUCACCCUGUCCCUGGCCACCGUGGCCGGGGUCAUCUCCGUGGCGCUGCUCGGCAUCGCUUUCGGCACCGACAACUGGAUGUACAUCCGAGUCGACCGGAAACAGAUCCAGGAGGACAUGGCCAACGGCGAGGGCACACUCUCGGCCUCGGACCAGGAGCGCUUCGACUCGUCCGGCCUCUUCCGGUCUCGCACGCAGGGCCUCUUCAGGAUCUGCUACCCGGAGACCAAGCCCAAAGGAGUUGAGCUCUACCUCAGCCCUGUGGAGACCUACUGCGAGAACAUCGACUACUACAUACCGGACGAGGAAAACCUCACCAAGCGCUUCUCCGAGGAGCGCAUGGCAAGACUGCAUAUGGCGCGCUCGAUGAUCGCGCUCUUCAUCGCCGCCUUCUUCUUCGUGUUCGUGGCGUUCUGGACGGGCGUGGCUGGCUGCUGGCGCCGCUCGCCCGGCAACAUCGGCACCACGGCCGCCCUCAUGCUGCUCGCCUGUCUCUUCUCUGCCGGCUCGAUGGGGCUGUGGCACGGCGUGCAGUACUACGAGCAGAAGAAGCUGAACGAGGAGCCGUUCUACCGCAGCUGGCCGCCGCUGGCGCAGCAGCACACCCACGCCGCUUUCGACUGGAGCUAUUUCCUCGCCUGGGUCGGCGUGGGCUGCGCCUUCCUCAGUUUCCUGUUUCUAGCUAUCGCGUCCAUCUGCCUGCGCCGGGAGCGCAGCAAGCAGGCGGAGUCGUCGCACUCACAGCUGAUGAUGCCAGUGUACCCUACCAAGUCUUCCAACGGCGGAUACGGACCUGGCUACGCAUACGCAUCGUCGUACAACCACCCCGGUCCCUACUACAACUCGCAGUACGGCCCCUACAACUACUAGACGGAAGCUAACGUCCUCCAUCGUACUGUUGUCAAAACAGGCUCAUCAUGGCCGACAGCAGACAUAACAACGAAGUCGUGUCGGCGACCCUGCUGCUCCACCAGCGCCCGAGCCUGUGCCUCGGGAGCAGAUGUGGCGCGAGAUGAAUGACUGUGAAUCAUACCAUAUCAACUCUUUCCGCGCCGAAUAUGAGAGGAAGGCGAAAUUUGUCGACGACACUGUCCCACGCGCUGGCCCCCCUGUCGCGCACCCGCGUCCAUUCUAUCGGCGGCCCAGAGGCAAGCCCUGCCCGCAGGGAGCUGCUUAUUGCGGCCCUCUCGACUCGGCUCGGCUCGGCUCGACUCAGCUAUCACACCCGUCUGCCUCGCCCGACCGUACGGCAGCCUCACACGGCGGCGACGGGCGCUUGGGACGAGGGGCAGCAGGCGGCCCGCGCCGAACGAGCGCAGACAGCGCCUGCCUUCGUGCGCGCCGAGUUCGGCGUACGCGAGCCGUUCCUGCGGAACUCUGCUUCGCUUGGAGGGGCAGAGCUCGGUCGGUAGUGGGUCAGCCAGGUGCCGCGGCGAGGCUGUAACACCAAGCGUCUCACGUGCUCAGCUCAGCUCGGCUGUAACACCGAGCGUCUCACGUGCUCAGCUCAGCUCGGCUGCAACACCGAGCGUCUCAUGUGCUCAGCUCAGCUCGGCUGUAACACCGAGCGUCUCACGUGCUCCGCUCAGCUCGGCUGCAACACCGAGCGUCUGACGUGCUCAGCUCAGCUCGGCUGCAACGCUGGGCACCUCAUGUGCCACAGGACACAAAGCUCAUUGUAAAUGUGUACAUACUGGACAUGCAUGCUGGUGCGCUGCCGUGUGGGUGAACAGAAGACGAUGCAUGUUGCGUGAGUGUAGAUGACGAAUACUGUGCAUUCCUCGGCGAGCAGUUGACGCACAACUUCAGUCGCCGAUUCUGUGGGCGUUUGCUGCUCCACCGGUCUGCCAGCGGGUUCACUCACGACGCUGACCGAUCGGAGCGGAGUCGCGACGUGAUCACCGCACGCCCACGGGAGCAGUGACCGCAGCAGGACUGCUCAUCGUGUGUCCGCGGGGGCCGGCGCUGCCGUCGCUGCCCAUGUCGGCGACCCUUCAUCGGGUGUGUGAGCUCGCCUGCUCAACCGCUGUGAAUGGUGCGAGGUCAAGAAUGUCCGAGAAGCGGAGGCGUGACUGAUGUCGCCGUCAGGUCAAUGUCGACUGAAUGAAGCCAUGUGGCUGUUCUGCGAUGUGGAAAACAAUAUACGAAGUCGACAAAAGA